GCUUGUGCGGAGGGAAUCCGACGGAAGGACGGGCCCGGGGUGCACGGGGAGGCUUGGGGGAGUCGCGCCGCCGGCUCACCCGUGUCCUAACCGGCGUUACCCAUCUCCAGAGAGCCCCUCGCCGCCCUAAUGGCGGUCUACGGGGCCCGGCCUGUCCCGGGCCUCUUCAGGGUCCGCUGCGCCUUCCGCGACCAUGGCGGCCGCCGCCCAGAACGGCGUGAUCAGACCGCCGCUCCCGGGGUGGGGAGCGCGGCGGGCACGGACCGGCUGUCGGGUCCUCCGGCCGACAGGGGGCGCUCUGUCGGGCGGGGCCGGGGCGGGCCCGCGGCGGCGAUGAAACGCGAUCUGCGUGGACGGUUCUUGCGGGUUUUGGGUGGUUUCCGUGAGGAGCUUUCCGGGCCUCGGCGGCUUCCUGGUAUGAUGGCUCGCGGGAAUGAGGUGGUGUCGCAGUUCGAGUCCCUCACGACGUGGGUCCCAGCGACUGCCGCCUGGACACGGCCCGCCGCCCUCGGCGGAGCACCGGAGGCAGGAAUUGGCAGAGCCCUGAGCACUGGGUAUUGUCGUCUCUGCCAUGGGAAGUUCUCCUCCAGGAACCUGCACAAUGCUUUCGGGAAGGUGUCGGUGAUGGGGGAGAACUCAGAGAAGCAGUGCUGCGUGGAUCAGGUCUUCUUCACGGACUUCCAGCGGCUGGUUGGUGUGGCUGUGCGGCAGGACCCCACGCUCCCCCAGUUUGUCUGUAAGAAGUGCCAUGCCCAGUUCUACGAAUGCCAAAGCAUCCUCAGGACCUUCAUCCAGAGGGUGAACGCAUCUCCCACAGAUCACGCAAAGUCCAAAGGAAAGAGCAGCAUGGCCCAGGCCCAGCUGGGAAGGGAAGGAAGUGCCUCCUCCAUGGUUGACCUGAUCACAUCCAGCCUGCAGUGCCUGCACAGCCUGGUGUCAUGGACACACAGACAUGCUGGAAGCUGCACAUCAGCACCUAACCUUCAGAGCGUGCUCUCCUCUGAGUACUGUGGCAUCAUCCGCGCCAUCUGGGGCUGUGGCAGUGGCCACGACUACAUCAUGGACACAGAUUCGUACUGUAGCAGAGUGCAUGUCAACAGCACCUUGUCUGUCAAGCAGGUGUGGAACAAGAGCACAGCACAGCACUUAACUGACAAUGGGGCAGAGGCAGACAAUGCUGAAGCUGUUUCUGCUCCCAAACCCCAGCAUGCUUCAGUAAGGACAACUUGCCAGCAGCCUGCAAACAAGGGGAUGACCACAUCAGUGCCACUGAACAUGAAGAAUGAGCUGCUGCAGAACAGGGAUUCAUUUCACUCACAACUGGACAGCAUGGUCUCCUUGCAGGAGACAGCCCUGCUGCAGCAUGUGUCACCACUGAGUAAUGCUACAGGACAGUUGAGUGGGAAGCAGAUUCUGUCCACAACAUUGGAUGAGCGGGUAAAAGACGAGUUCAGUGACCUUUCUGAGGGGGACUUCUUGAGUGAUGAUGAAAAUGAGAAGAGAAACGUGCAGUCUUCAGAUGAUUCCUUUGAGCCUUACCCUGAGAAGAAGAUUUCUAGCAAGAAAAGCAAUGUCAAAGAAGUAAAGAAGGCAGAAGAGCCCAAAACAAGGAAGAAGCCAGGGCCUAAGCCCGGCUGGAAAAAAAAGAUCAAGUGUGAGAGGGCUGUGCUUCAUAGGGAGGAGCUGCCAACCAUUUACAAGUGUCCUUACCAGGGCUGCACAGCUGUCUACAGGGGGGCUGACGGCAUGAAGAAACACAUCAAAGAGCAUCAUGAAGAGGUACGGGAGAGGCCCUGUCCUCAUCCUGGCUGCAACAAGGUGUUCAUGAUUGACCGGUACCUACAGCGGCACGUGAAGCUCAUUCAUACAGAGGUACGUAAUUAUAUCUGUGAUGAAUGUGGGCAGACCUUUAAGCAACGCAAACACCUCUCAGUCCAUCAGAUGCGGCACUCGGGAGCAAAGCCCCUUCAGUGUGAGAUCUGUGGUUUCCAGUGCAGGCAGCGAGCAUCGCUCAAGUACCACAUGACCAAACACAAAGCUGAGACAGAGCUGGAGUUUGCCUGUGACCACUGUGGGAAGCGCUUUGAGAAGGCCCAUAACCUUAAUGUUCACAUGUCCAUGGUGCACCCUCUGAUCCAGGUUCGGGAAAAAGCUAAGCCAUUGGAGCCAGAGCCCAUUCUCCUCCUAAAUACUUCAGGGACUUCAGAAAGUCAGGUGGUAAAGCCAGAAGUGACUGCACAGCAGGAGCACACCUGAGGGGGAUGGGGAAGCUUUCCCAGUCCAGCCCUGUAGAAACCAUAUGGCAGAGCAGAGACUUUUAAUCUAUGUUUUAGUCUCCCAAAGAACUCGGUGAAAUUAGCUUCAGCUUGCUCAGAAAAAGCUUGUCUUCAUGUUGUGAUUAUCCAUGCUCAUUCAGCAGGAUUGUACUGAGUAUCUGUCUAACCCCAGGGGAAUGGAUGUUCAGCAGCAUCCCUUCAUGGUCUCCUUUCUCCCCAUGCAUACUUUUGUAGAAACAGACUGUUCCCUGUCUGCAGGAGCUGCUGCUGCCUGUACAGAAUUGGCCAGACAUGGCUCUAAGAGUACAUAGGACAGUGGAGUGGACUUCAGGCAGACUUUUUUCUGGAUUAAAAAAAAAAUAUUCCCAAAAUGAAGUCUAAACUGAAAUUUGUAACCUACUUUUUAUCGCAAAAAGAGCUUCAUGGUUAUGCUUGUAAUAAAUUAUUACAAAAGUAAUGUGAAA